GCUGUCUAUCGAAUCGUUGCAAUUGAUGUUUGAUCUCGAAGAGAAGGAAGAGAUCUUCAAAAAGUAGGUUUUUAUGAUCCGAUAAAGAAUCAAACUUGUUUAAAUGUUCCAGCUAUUCUCUAUUUCCUUGAAAAGGGUGCUCAACCAACAAGAACUGUUUAUGAUAUUUUAAGGAAGGCGGAAUUCUUUAAAGAAAAAGAAAGAACUUUGAGUUAAUUGAAGAACUAAAUGAAUCAAAAAGUAGGAUAGGAGAAGAUUAUUAGUAUUCCUAGUUGUCUAAUUAUUUAGACACAAUUUACCUCUUUUUUAAUCCUAUUUGGAUUUAUAUUAUAUCGUGCCAAUUCAACAUAAGCCCCUAUUUUAUUUACUUUUUCUAUCUAAUUUGUUUUCUUACCAUUGUAUUUCCAUUGACAAAGGUCUAUUGAACAAAUAGAAUUUGUAGAUAGAUGGGUCUCUUUAUCCUCACUCCAUAUUCAAUUUUUCCGCCUACACUUCGCUCAAAUGAUAAGGGUGUUCCUCUUGCAUGUAUUCUCAUACAAUAUAAUAUAUAUAUUUUUUUAAUAAAAAUCGCUAAAAAUAAGGAGAAUUUGGCCAUCGUAAUUAGGGUCGCUCUUUUUUUAACUUUACUUUAGUGGAAUUUAACCGGACCUGUUCGUUUUGGCAUUUGAGUGUUUUUCAUGGUCGAUAAAAAAAUCUUUUGAUGUCUUGCUAGUUCAAUGUUUUGACAGAAGCGCGCGGUGUAAUUCCAUUGAUUUUUGGAUUUCGAUCGUAUCUAAGAUCCUUUUUUUAUCUGGGUUGCUAACUCAAUGGUAGAGUACUCGGCUUUUAAGUGCGACUAUGAUCUUUUACACAUUUGGAUGAAACAACAAAUUCGUCCAGACUCUUGGUAGAGUCUAGAAGACCACGACUGAUCCUCAAAGGUAAUGAAUGGAAAAAAUAGCAUGUCGUAAUAAAAUCAAUCUUUUUUGAAUGGAAUCCAAAAUUACGAUUUUCUGGGUCUAAUGAAUAAAUGGAUAGAGCCUGGCUCCAAUUCUGGUAAAAUAAAAAGCAACGAGCUGAACUUCCUAAUUGGAAUGAUUCCCCGCUCUAAUUAGACGUUAAAAAUAGAUUAGUGCCGGAUGCGGGGAAAGGUUGGGUUUUCCUAUGAGUGGACCCUUUAUUUUUUCUUUUUUUAUAGAAAUCCUAAUUAUUCUUGAUUAUGGAUUGAAUAAGGGAUGUUAUGGAUUGAAUGUGUAAAAGAAGCAGUAUAUUGAUAAAGAGGCUGUAUUCCAAAGUCAAAAGAGCGAUUGGCCUGCAAAAAUAAAAAACUUGUUCUGUUCUUUUUUUUAAUUAGAACAAACAUAAACUAAUUGGGUAGAAAAGGAGCAGAAAAAGAUCUGUGGAUUAGACUCCCUUUCUUUCCAGGGUUUGUAUUAAAAAUGCAACACCCUGUUCUGACCAUAUUGCACUAUGUAUCAUCAUUCGAUAAACCGAGAAAUGCUUCUUCUCUCUGAUUCAAGUAGAAAUACAAAUGGAAAAAUUCGAAGGGUAUUCAGAAAAACAUAAAUCUCGUCCACAAUACUUUGUCUACCCACUUCUCUUUUAGGAAUAUAUUUAUGCAUUUGCCCACCAUUAUGGAUUAAAUGGUUCUGAACCUGUGGAAAUAGUUGUUAGUUGUAAUAACAAGAAAUUUAGUUCACUACUUGUGAAACGUUUAAUUAUUCGAAUGUAUCAGCAGAAUUUUUUGGAUAACUCGGUUAAUCAUCCUAACCAAGAUCGAUUAUUGGAUUACAAAAAUUAUUUUUAUUCUGAGUUUUAUUCUCAGAUUCUAUCUGAAGGGUUUGCGAUCGUUGUGGAAAUCCCAUUCUCGCUACGGGAAUUAUUUUGUCCGAAAGAAAAAGAAAUACCAAAGUUUCAGAAUUUACGCUCUAUUCAUUCAAUAUUUCCCUUUUUAGAAGACAAAUUUUUGCAUUUGGAUUAUCUAUCACAUAUAGAAAUACCCUAUCCUAUCCAUUUGGAAAUCCUGGUUCAACUCCUUCAAUACCGUAUCCAAGAUGUUCCAUCUUUGCAUUUAUUGCGAUUCUUUCUCAACUAUUAUUCGAAUUGGAAUAGUUUUAUUACUUCAAUGAAAUCCAUUUUUUAUUUUCAAAAAGAAAAUAAAAGACUAUUUCGAUUCCUAUAUAACUCUUAUGUAUCAGAAUAUGAAUUUUUUUUGUUGUUUCUUCGUAAACAAUCUUCUUGCUUACCAUUAGCAUCUUCUGGAACUUUUCUGGAACGAAUCCACUUUUCUAGGAAGAUGGAACAUUUUGGGAUAAUGUACCCUGGUUUUUCUCGGAAAACCCUAUGGUUCUUUAUGGAUCCUCUUAUGCAUUAUGUUCGAUAUCAAGGAAAGGCAAUUCUUGCAUCAAAAGGCACUUUUUUUGAAGAAGAAGAAGAAAUGGAAAUGCUACCUUAUCAAUUUCUGGCAAUAUUAUUUCUGUUUUUGGACUCAGCCGCGAAGAAUCCAUAUAAACCAAUUAGCAAACUCUUGCUUCGAUUUUAUGGGGUACCUUUCAAGUGUACCAAAAAGUUCUUUGUUAGUAAGGAAUCAAAUGCUGGAGAAUUCAUUUCUAAUAGAUACUCGAAUGAAAAAAUUCGAUACCAUAGUCCCCGCUACUCUCCUCAUAGGAUACUUAUCAAAAGCUCAAUUUUGUACUGGAUCGGGGCAUCCUAUUAGUAAACCCAUUUGGACAGAUUUAUCAAAUUGGGAUAUUCUUGAUCGAUUUGGUCGGAUAUGUAGAAAUCUUUUUCAUUAUCAUAGUGGAUCUUCGAAAAAACGGACUUUGUAUCGACUAAAGUAUAUACUUCGACUUUCAUGCGCUAGAACUUUAGCUCGGAAACAUAAAAGCACGGUACGAACUUUUAUGCAACGAUUGGGUUCGGCAUUUUUAGAAGAAUUUUUUAUGGAAGAAGAGCAAGUUUUUUCUUUGAUGUUCACCAAAACAACUCUUUUUUCUUUCUGUGGAUCACAUACUGAGCGUAUUUGGUAUUUGGAUAUUAUACGUAUCAAUGACCUGGUCAACCCUCUUAAUUAAUCAUUAGACGAAAUUAAGAAACAGGAAAGGGUUGAUAAAUGAUCAAGAAAAAACUUUUCUAUUUUUCAUUCUGAAAUGUUCUUUUUAUUAUAAUAAAGAGUAGGUGAAUCAACUUACUAAUUAAAAAAAUUAGUAGAACUUCCUCUUUGGAAUAGAAAUUGGCUAUUUCUACAUAGGGAAAGUCGUGUGCAAUGAAAAAUGCAAGCACGAUUUGGGGAGGGAUUUUUCUCUAUUGUAACAAGGAAGAAUUAUCUACUCCAUCCGACUAGUUCCGGGUUCGAGUCCCGGGCAACCCAUAUAGAAAAGACUCAUCAAAGUU